CAGAGCGCAGCCCGCGGCCCCGCAGGCAGGUGGGAGCGCGGCGGGCGGCAGGGCCACCCCCGCCCGGCCCCGGCCCGCCGCCAUGGGCGCCUGCCCCCGCCGGCUGCUGCCGGCCCCGCGCCCCGCCGCCUGAGGCAGCGCGGCUGGACGGGCAGCGCCUCGCCCGCAGCCCCUCCGCGCUGCGCGGCGGCCCCGGCUCCAGCCGCCACCAUGGGGGCCGCCGCGGCGUGCCGGAGCGCCGCCGGGCUCGCCGGCUUCCUCACGCUGUUUGUGCUCCUGGGCACUGCUGACGGUCAGUCGAAGCUGACAUCCGAGCAGAACACCAUCAGCCUCCCCCCUGGCAAGUACCGCCACCUCGACCGUGCCACCAACAAAGAGCUGAUCUGUGACAAAUGUCCCGCAGGAACCUACGUGUCUAAACACUGUACGAAGAGUACCUUAAGAGAGUGCAGCCCUUGUCCAGAUGGGACUUUUACUAAGCAUGAGAACGGCAUAGAGCGGUGCCAUCCUUGUAGAAAACCCUGCGAACUGCCAAUGAUCGAGAAAACUCGUUGUACUGCCUUGACCGACCGUGAGUGCACUUGCCUGUCGGGUACGUUUCAGACGAACGAUACCUGUGUCCCUUACACAGUGUGCCCGGUCGGCUGGGGCGUCCGCAAGAAAGGAACUGAGACGGAAGACGUGAGGUGCAAGCCGUGCCCUCGUGGUACCUUUUCUGAUGUGCCUUCUAGUGUGAUGAAGUGCAAAACAUACACGGACUGCUUUGCGAAAAACAUGGUGGUCAUCAAGCCAGGGACAAAGGAGAGUGACAAUGUCUGUGGUUCUCCAGCGUCUCUUCCCAACACGUCUUUGACUUCGUCAAGCACCGAAGCAGAUGAAGAGCCCUAUGAAGUUCCACCAACCUCUCAGCUUCCCAAAGGUCUGAACUCUUCAGUUCCCGACUUUGUCCCCUCUCCUGUGCCACGCACAUCCAGUGGCACGACGGAGCCAACGGGUUACGACAACGAAACCUCUGCCAACGAGACGGACGGUGCCGGCAGGACCCUGGCUGGUUCUGGCAUCACCAGCCAGGCACAGAGCUACCGGCACAAGCAAACCAGCCGAGCGCUGGAGAAGCAGUCAGCGCUGGAGAUGUCGGGGGGUGAGAAGUCCAGCAUGCCAUACAGGCCCCCCCGGCGAGGUCAGCAGAACGUCCACCAGCACUUUGACAUCAACGAACACUUGCCGUGGAUGAUCGUCCUCUUCCUGCUGCUGGUCCUGGUGGUUAUCGUCGUCUGCAGCGUCAGGAAGAGCUCACGGACUCUGAAGAAGGGACCCAGGCAAGAUCCCAGUGCCAUUGUGGAGAAAGCUAUUAUGAAAAAGUCCACCACCCCCACACAGAACAGAGAGAAGUGGAUCUAUUACUGCAACGGGCACGGCAUUGACAUCCUGAAGCUGGUGGCAGCCCAGGUGGGGAGCCAGUGGAAGGACAUCUACCAGUUCCUCUGCAACGCCAGCGAGCGGGAGGUGGCGGCUUUCUCCAAUGGCUACGCGGCCGACCACGAGCGCGCCUACGCCGCCUUGCAGCACUGGACCAUCCGCGGGCCCGAGGCCAGCCUGGCCCAGCUCAUCAGCGCCCUCCGCCAGCACCGCCGCAAUGAUGUGGUGGAGAAGAUCCGAGGUCUGAUGGAGGACACCACGCCGGUGCAGAUGCAGCCGCAGUGGCAAGCGCAGGACCCCUGCAAGGACGACACAAAGGUGGAGGUUGACAGACUGGCGCUGCCCGUGAGCCCCAGCCCGCUCAGCCCCGCACCCAGCCCCAGCCCCAAGCCCCCCGAGGCGGCCGUCCUCACCGUGGAGCCCUCUCCUUCGGAGAAGAAAUGCUUCUUCGUCGACGAAGCGGAGCCGCUCCUGCGGUGCGACUCGACCUCCAGCGGCUCCUCCGCACUCAGCCGGACGGGCUCUUUUAUUACCAAAGAAAAGAAGGACACCGUCCUGCGCCAGGUGCGCUUGGACCCUUGCGACCUGCAGCCCAUCUUUGAUGACAUGCUGCACAUCCUCAACCCCGAGGAGCUCCAUGUGAUAGAGGAGAUCCCACAGGCCGAAGACAAGCUGGACAGGCUAUUUGAGAUUGCCGGAGUCAAGAGCCAGGAAGCCAGCCAGACCCUCCUGGACUCUGUCUAUAGCCACCUUCCCGACUUACUGUAGGCACUGGGUCACCGCACGCUCUCCAAAUAUCUGCUAGAGCUAGCUUGGCACUCGUUAAGAUGACCGACAAUAUGCAGGCAGGUUUUGUUGUAGAAUAUAUGGCCAGUAUUUUUGUUGAGGUGUCCCUGGUUUCUGGAGGGGGUGCAGUUUACCAGCGCUGCACCCCUCCACCUUAACUAUCGCUAAGUCCAAGUCUUUGCACCCUCUGCCCCCUUCCCCGAGCCUCUCUGCAACUUGUUCUCAUUCCAAUCAGAUCAGUCGAUGCACUUUAAAAACAAAACAAAUGCAGUUAACGAACUAAAAGACCACGAAUCUGGUGUAAUUUAACACAUCAAAUCGGGGAUUGCUCUGUAACGCACUUCUUCUGUCAAAACUAUCGCUUGGAGUGACCGUCUCCCACCGCCUCCCUUCGCCUUGGAGCGGUAAAUGGCGAAAACACGCAAAAAGAAAAUCGUUGCUGGUUACCGUCUCUUAAAGCAGCUAAGCUUCCCACCUGAGCUAUUUUUUUUUUAACGUACUAUUGUAUAGCUCAUAUCCAUUGCCGAGAUUUUACUAGCACGGUUAUUUAUUGUAUGGUUUUUCACCCGGACAAUGCAUCGCGCUCCUAUAAGCUAAAGCAAAAGCGCUUUAACAACAAAGAAAAGGGUUAGUCCUACCAACCUUCGAGGCGAUGAAAAGGUCCUUUGCCUUCUGUCGAAUGUAAGGAAUUAUCUUGCCUUGCGGCGUGCGGGAGCGGCGGGGCCCCGGAGGGAGCUGACAUGGGGAGGCGAAGGUGGCUGCCGGUGCUCCUGCUCUCCUCCUGCUGUAAGACUUAAACCAAGCUCUGCUUUUACACUCGUGUCUCUUGGUUGUUUAUUUUUUUUUUUUAUACAGACGUGGCCGAUAGGUUUUCCAAAGACCUUUACUUGGUCUUAAUAGUCUCUUCAAAUCACACUUCACUUUUUAUUAAGGAAAAACAAAGGGGGGGCGAGGGUGGGGGGAAAAAAGCUGCAUCGUAAGAAGUCUGUCUGAUUAUAUUUGCAACUAUUAUGCUCCCGUAAUGAACAGUCUGUACUACGCUCAAUUUGAAGAAAUCAUGAUAUGAGGGUGGCAUGUGCCACCCCGUGGGACGGGGUGGGAGUGGGGGAAGAGGGGAAUGAAUUGAAAAAUUGCCUUCCAGUGUACUAAUUUAUUAAUAAAUACUAGGUGUUUGUUACUUGA